AUGCCACCACUAGGACUCAACCACACGAUCUCAGCCUUUUUGUUUGAAGGCAACAUGUAUGAACCAAUCCAAACUAAACACGACUCCCACAAUUUCAAGUACGAUGCAAUUACCAAGCAAAACCAUCUAGCCUCACCUCUACUACGACUGCCGGCCGAACUACGCAACAGAAUCUACGAGCUCGCUUUCGAUUCAGCAACGGUGAAGCGUGAUUUAAACCCAUGUGCAGCUAAGCGUUACCACGUCGUAUUCAACAGCGCACGUCUACUUCUGGCCUGUCGACAGCUUCGCUACGAGGCAUUUCCCAUUCAGUCCAGCGCCGUAUACCACCAUCUCACGCUCAGAACGCAUGGUAAGGACAUAUCAUGUCUGGUAGAUUCGAUUGGACAGACGGUGUGCGCCGAAAUCCGCUGUAUUGAGAUGUUCAUGUCUCUCGCCAGGUCCAUCCACAGGAAGGUCAAACAGCAAAGUUCAUUGGAGCCUGAUAUCAGUGCAUGGAGCGAUGGCACAGGUCGCGUCUUUGAAUCGCUCUCGCGCAUUGUGGUGAUAUUCCCUUUCGAUCUCGACUCCGACGCAAACGAUAUUGGCACGUCGUUGCAGAAGCGGUUUGGCAGCAUGGAGAUCAAAGUACGCUUCCGCCGAGCAGCUUACUGGUGA